UCUUAUUUGCAGGAUCAUUAAUAACCUAGAGGGAGCGGAGCGAAGCGAGGCAUCGACGAGCUGUAGGACGAAGGAACGGGACAGUCGAACAAGUUUUAAAGUUCUAUGUGAUAUCAAAUGACCACAGCCAUGGAGCAACGAACCACUACAAGUAAACGUCGAGAAGACGACAUUUUCAACUCUAUGAACGAACGUCCAGUUGAUGAUAUUUCAUUGGAAUUUUUCUACAAGCCUCACACCAUUGCUCUUCUGGUUAUUUCAAUAUCAGUUGUAUUAUACACAUCAUUUACAAGAUCUGAUGAAAAUAUUCAAGACAAUUACUGGGCUGGGUGCCUUUGUGUGAUAUUCUUUUUCCUCAUUAUAUCUGUGCUGGCUUUUCCUAAUGGGCCAUUCACUCGACCUCAUCCUGCGGUGUGGCGCAUUGUGUUUGGAAUGAGCGUACUUUACAGUCUUGCUUUGCUCUUCUUGCUCUUCCAAAAUUACAACACUGUGAAAAACAUUUUCUUGUGGAUUGAUCCUGCCUUGAAGGACUUUAGCAUCGACAGUGAGAAGGAGUAUGGUGUCAACUGCUCAGAGUACACUUUUCAGAGGAUUUGGAGUACAGUUGAUGUGUUCGCCGCUGGUCAUUUCUUUGGCUGGGUAUUCAAAGCUGUCCUGGUCAGACAUCUUGGCAUUCUCUGGGCUAUGAGCAUCAUGUGGGAGCUCACUGAGAUGAUUUUUGCACACUUACUUCCAAACUUCAUUGAAUGUUGGUGGGAUGCUUGGAUUUUGGAUGUUCUUGUCUGCAAUGGACUUGGAAUUUGUGUUGGACUAUGGAUCUGCAAGAUAUUGGAAAUGCGUGAUUACAAAUGGGCUAGCAUCAGGGACAUACACACUGCCACUGGAAAGAUCAAGCGGGCUGUCCUGCAGUUUACUCCUAGUAGCUGGACACCUGUGCGAUGGCUGGACCCCAAUUGCACGUAUAUGAGAUUUGUAGCAAUUUGUCAGUUGGUUAUCUUCUGGCAAGUCUCUGAGCUAAAUACAUUCUUUUUGAAACAUAUCUUUGAAAUGCCACCAUCCCAUCCAAUUGUUGUAGCAAGGCUUUUCUUUGUUGGUAUUGUGGUUGCACCAUCUGUGAGGCAGUAUUAUACCUAUGUAACAGACCCUCUUUGUUUAAGAGUAGGCACACAAUGUUGGGUUUAUGGUGUCAUAAUGGUAUCAGAGAGUCUGUUGUGCAUUAAAAAUGGAAGAAACUUAUUUGAACGUACUCAAGUUCUGAACAUAAUGUUGUGGCUCUUGUUGCAAGCUAUAGUGUCCAUUUUGUUCCUGUGGGGUAUUUCGCAAUACCACAAAUAUUUCCCUAAGGAGAAUGACGUGUCAAGAGAUUCUUCACCAGUGAAAUCUCAAGAUUCAGAUUCUUAUGAUGAAGCAGGCGGCGUUCGCCGGAGACAUGUUACAUUCCUUAGUCAAAAUGAGCAUGAGAGAUCAGACUAAAGAGAGACCUAAGACUUGCACUUCAGAUCUCAUUGCUCUGUACUGAGCAUUGCUUGUUUUUAGCACGUAGGAAGCUGCUUCAUCUGUUCAUGUGUUUCUGCUCACUGAAGAUGCUGUAAAUGUGUUUGUUGUGAACCCUCUGAACUCAGCUUCUGUCUGAGAAAAUUUGACAUUCUCUGCAACAGAGCCCAGUCUUGACUUUCUAUCAAUAUUCAAAGUAUUUGUGUAAGCGCUCUCUGAACCAAAAGUUUUGGCCAUUGAAGAGUGGUUGUGUUUACCAUCACAAGUGAAGAGGCCGUAAUGUCAGCAGGGUACUACAACUAAGAUUUAUUUCUGCUUACCUUGCAAUUCAAUUUUUAUUAUUGAUGUGAGAUCGCCCUUGUAACAGAUCAUUUUGCUUUUACAACAUUCUAACCCCCUUCCCCCUGCCUCCACCCUCCCUCUUUUAUCCCCUAUUUAUGUCAAGAGGCAAAUUUAGUCCCUGUUUAGUUAAAUGUGUGCUGUAGUAGCGUAUGUAUUGGAUGUUGUUGCUGUUGAUGUAUGAUUCUGUCAUCACUUUAAUUUGAGUACUAUGUGCAUCAAUUAGUGAUGCUGAAAUCAAAUGGCUGUGUUUAGUAUCGGAGACUUGCUAGGAGAAUUGCCAUUAUCAACUCAAGAACCAAAGAGUACUUAAGUUCUUUGUACCAUGCAUACAGAGAUUCCUAGAGUCAAGUCAAGAGAGUGGUGUGUCAUAUUUAAUUUCCUCUAGUUAUUUCACUAUAGUCUCAAGUAAACAAAUCUGUGGCAAAUAGGAUUUGGGAAGUUUGUUCUUGUUUUUGCUAUUAAAAUCACAAAAGUUUGACUUUUUUUAAUUUGACAACUUUUUUUUCAUCAUCUUUUUUUAGUAUCAGUUGACUGGAGUACGUAGUUUUACAUGUAAUCGAUUUGCCAAUCACUUUGUGCCACAUGCCUUGGUUGUGGAAAUACAUUGACUUGCUGUCUGGUUAAGCCAUGUUACUGUUGCUUGUAGGUGAUGAUAACCAAACCAAAUUUGUUUUUCUUCUUGUGAUUCUGAAAACCUUUUUGAUUGUUAGUAUGAGACUUAUUUAAUGGACACUACUGACAUGCCUGUGUUGCAUUUUGUUAAUGCAUGUACCUUGGUCUAAACAAUGCUGUAUCAUCAUCUCCUCAGACAUUCUCUUUCUUAGGUAAGAGUUGGAAAUGUAAACCUCUAAUGUUGUAAGAAACUAGUCUGUGACAGAUUUGUUUUGUAAUGUGUCUUAGACUUUAUAUAAUUUUUUUCCCUGACUUUGCUCAUUUUUAGCCUGUUCCAUUCUCCCAUUAUAGCAGAGUUGAGUGUCCAGCUUAGAUUUAUAAAGUCGUCUAUCCUUUGCCAUUUUUGUCAUCUACUUGUCAUAUGAGGCUUUGAUAAUUUCCACAGGCCACUGGGAGCUGCAAGAAACAUUAGUGAAGUGAAGUUUUAUGCUCCAACCAGUUUUGUGCCAUUCAUGUUGUAAAUGUUGUAAUCGAAUAAACCAAUGUAAAACCAAAAUAACCAUUUA